GAUGGGGAUGUCCUAAUGCAAGUCUCAUUUGUCUUUGCAGCACCAGCCAGCCAGGCAGACAAGGAGCUGACAGAGUCUCCAGCAUCCUCCAAACGCAUGUCAUUUCCCAGCAGCUCUGAGUCACCUCUCUCCUCUAAAUGGUCAAAAACUUCAGAGGAGACCAAAUCAGAGCAGAUGUAUCAGUGUCCAUACUGCAAAUACAGUAACACCGAUGUGAACCGGCUGCGGGUGCAUGCCAUGACCCAGCACUCAGUGCAGCCCAUGCUCCGCUGCCCGCUCUGCCAGGACAUGCUCAACAACAAGAUCCAUCUGCAGCUGCACCUCACACACCUGCACAGUGUGUCACCCGACUGUGUUGAAAAACUCAUCAUGACGGUGACAACACCUGAAGUGAUGAUGCCCAGCAGUAUGUUUCUUCCAGCAGCCACUCCAGACAGAGAUGGAAACACCAAUGCAGAGGAGCUGGGGAAGCAGGCUGAGACCUCUGAGGACUCCGGAAAAAGCAUUCUGUCAUCUGAGAGCAUAGAGCACAGUGGAGAGUCCAAACCUGUUCCUGCCGAUCAGAGCUCCACCAGAGAGGACUCUGGCUUUCUUUGCUGGAAGAAGGGGUGCAGCCAGGUGUUCAAAAGCUCAUCGGCCCUUCAAACGCAUUUCAAUGAAGUUCAUGCUAAACGGCCCCAACUGCCAGUGUCCGAUCGCCAUGUCUACAAGUACCGUUGCAACCAGUGCAGCCUGGCCUUCAAAACCAUCGAGAAGCUGCAGCUUCAUUCUCAGUACCAUGUCAUCAGAGCAGCUACUAUGUGUUGUCUUUGCCAACGCAGUUUCCGAACCUUCCAAGCUCUGAAGAAGCACCUGGAGACGAGUCAUCUGGAGUUGAGUGAAGCAGACAUUCAGCAGCUUUACAGUGGGCUUUUGGUCAAUGGAGACCUCCUAGCUAUGGGCGAUCCUUCGCUGGCUGAUGACCAUACUAUCAUUGUUGAAGAUGAUAAAGAGGAAGAGAGUGACCUAGAAGAUAAACAGAGUCCUACUGGCAGUGAUUCUGGGUCAGUACAAGAAGACUCUGGCUUGGAACCUAAGAGGGCCCUACCUUUCAGGAAAGGUCCUAAUUUCACCAUGGAGAAAUUUCUCGAUCCAUCUCGCCCAUACAAGUGCACAGUCUGCAAAGAAUCUUUCACACAAAAGAACAUUCUUUUGGUCCAUUACAAUUCAGUUUCUCAUCUGCAUAAACUGAAAAGAGCCCUUCAGGAGUCUGCUACUGGGCAACCUGAACCUACCAGCAGUCCAGACAACAAACCUUUUAAGUGCAACACUUGCAAUGUGGCCUACAGCCAGAGUUCUACGCUGGAGAUUCACAUGAGGUCUGUCCUACACCAGACCAAGGCUCGAGCUGCCAAGCUGGAGGCAGCUAGUGGCAGUGGCAAUAGUAAUGGAACUGGUAAUAGCAGUAGUAGCAGUAUCUCUCUGGGUUCAUCCACACCAAGUCCAGUGAGUACUAGCAGCUCUAAUACCUUCACAACCACCAACACCAGCAACGCUGGCACAGCUCCAGUCCCUAGUUUACUCAACCAGGGAUCCAGUGAGAGUGUGGGAAUUCCCCCUUCGAGUAAUCCCGUUAGUGCUAACAUCGUCACUCCUUCUGAGCCUAAGGACGUCAACCGGAAGAAACUGGCAGACAUGAUUGCAUCCAGGCAGCAGCAACAGCAACAAGCUCAAACCUUAGCACAGGCGCAAGCCCAAGUCCAGGCCCAUCUACAGCAAGAGCUGCAGCAGCAAGCUGCCCUCCUGCAGUCUCAGCUGUUCAACCCUGCUCUCUUACCCCACUUCCCCAUGACCACAGAGACCCUGCUCCAGCUUCAGCAACAGCAGCAUCUUCUGUUUCCAUUUUACAUCCCCAGUGCCGAGUUCCAGCUCAAUCCAGAAGUUAGCUUGCCUGUGACCAGUGGUGCUCUGACACUAUCUGGUACUGGUCCAAAUUUGCUGGAAGAUUUAAAGGCUCAAGUUCAGCUCCCACAGCAGAGCCAUACACAGAUAUUACAACAGCAGCAAGGUCAACUAUCUUUGUCACAGUCUCACUCUGUCCAUAUACAACAGAGCCAGCAUCAAGAGAAAAAAAACAAAUCCGUUAUUAAGGAGAAGGAAAAAGAAACCCAGAGGGAAAGGGAAAAUGCAGAGAGGGGAGACAGCAGUUCAUUGUCUAAGGAGUCUCUGCCUGACAACCUAAAGCCCAAAGACAAGAAAGACUUUGCCCCAGGCAAUAGUUCAGAACCCUCCCUACUUCCUCCACGUAUCGCAUCUGAUGCAAGAGGCAAUGCCACAAAAGCCUUGCUAGAAAACUUUGGCUUUGAGCUGGUCAUUCAGUACAAUGAGAACAAGCAGAAGGUGCAAAAGAAAAAUGGGAAGACAGAGCAAGGUGAGAACUUGGAAAAGCUUGAAUGUGACACAUGUGGCAAAUUUUUCUCAAACAUCCUCAUUCUAAAGAGUCACCAAGAGCACGUUCACCAACACUACUUCCCCUUUAAGCAGCUGGAGAGGUUUGCCAAGCAGUACAGAGAGCACUAUGAUAAACUGUAUCCACUGAGACCUCAGACUCCAGAUCCGCCACCACCUCCACCUCCGCCUCCACCUCCACUCCCUACAGCACCUCCUCAGCCAGCUUCCACUCCUGCCAUUCCUACUUCUGCUCCACCUAUUACUUCUCCUACAAUUGCACCAGCCCAGCCGUCUGUGCCACUCACCCAGCUCUCUAUGCCAAUGGAGCUGCCCAUCUUUUCACCACUUAUGAUGCAAACUAUGCCACUACAAACAUUACCUGCCCAGUUACCACCUCAGCUUGGUCCUGUAGACCCUCUACCUGCAGACCUAGCUCAGCUGUAUCAACAUCAGCUCAACCCUAGCCUUCUACAGCAACAGCAGAACAAGAGGCCACGUACUCGGAUCACAGACGACCAGCUCAGAGUUCUUCGGCAGUAUUUUGAUAUUAACAACUCUCCCAGUGAGGAACAGAUCAAAGAGAUGGCAGACAAGUCUGGACUACCACAGAAAGUGAUAAAACACUGGUUUAGAAACACUCUGUUCAAAGAACGCCAGCGCAACAAGGAUUCCCCGUACAACUUCAGCAAUCCUCCAAUUACCAGCCUGGAAGAACUGAAGAUAGACUCACGGCCUCCCUCUCCAGAACCUCAAAAGCACGAAUACUGGGGAAGCAAGAGGUCCUCCAGGACACGGUUCACUGAUUACCAGCUCAGAGUCCUGCAGGACUUUUUUGAUGCUAAUGCUUAUCCAAAGGAUGAUGAAUUUGAACAACUUUCUAAUUUGCUGAACCUCCCUACACGUGUUAUAGUGGUGUGGUUCCAGAACGCCCGUCAGAAAGCUAGGAAAAACUAUGAGAACCAAGGAGAAGGCAAAGAUGGGGAACGGCGGGAGCUUACAAAUGAUAGGUACAUUCGAACAAGCAACUUAAACUACCAGUGCAAAAAAUGUAGUCUAGUCUUUCAGCGCAUUUUUGAUCUUAUCAAACACCAGAAAAAGCUUUGUUAUAAGGAUGAGGAUGAGGAUGGACAGGACGAUAGCCAGAAUGAAGACUCUAUGGAUGCAAUGGAGCUGUUGACGCCAACCAGUUCCUCCUGCAGCACACCAAUGCCCUCUCAAGCUUACAGCACCCCCACAUCUUCAGCUAAUGCAACCUCUUCAGCCUUCGUGCAGCUCACAGCGGAGGCAGAUGACUCCUCCAUGUAUAGUUCUAAAAUAGAAGCUACAGAUGAGAAACCAAAGCAAUCUGAACCUCUGAGUACACAGCAAAACCAAACUCAAGACAAGCAAGUACAACCAAAGCAAGAGCCGCAGCCGCAGCAGCAGCAGCAGCAAGACCAAGGAGAACAGAAGACAAGUUCAACACACCAAAAGAUCUCACCAUUAUCCUCCCCAUCCUCAUUACAACAACAGCCUCCACCACAGGCACAGCCACCCCAGUGUCCUUUGCCACAAUCAAGCCCAAGUCCAUCUCAACUCUCACAUCUUUCCCUCAAGCCCCUUCAUACAUCCACCCCUCAACAACUGGCAAACCUACCUCCUCAAUUAAUCCCGUACCAGUGUGACCAAUGCAAACUGGCAUUUCCCUCCUUUGAGCAUUGGCAGGAGCAUCAGCAGCUUCAUUUUUUGAGUGCACAAAACCAGUUUAUCCAUCCGCAGUUUCUGGACAGGACACUAGAUAUGCCUUUCAUGCUUUUUGACCCCAGUAAUCCACUACUUGCAAGCCAGCUGCUAUCUGGAACUCUACCUCAGAUUCCAGCAAGCUCAGCCACUUCACCCUCAACCCCAACAUCUACAAUGAACACUCUGAAGAGAAAGCUGGAGGAAAAGGCCAGUGCAAGCCCUGGGGAAAAUGAUAGUGGGACUGGCGGAGAAGAACCUCAGAGAGAUAAGCGUCUAAGGACAACUAUUACCCCAGAACAGCUGGAAAUUCUGUACCAGAAGUACCUGCUCGACUCUAACCCAACACGGAAGAUGUUGGAUCACAUUGCGCAUGAGGUGGGCUUGAAGAAACGUGUUGUGCAGGUUUGGUUUCAGAACACUCGAGCACGGGAAAGGAAAGGGCAGUUUAGAGCUGUGGGACCGGCCCAAGCCCAUAGACGGUGUCCUUUCUGCAGAGCUCUCUUUAAAGCAAAGACGGCUCUGGAAGCUCAUAUCCGAUCCCGUCAUUGGCAUGAGGCUAAGAGAGCAGGGUACAACUUGACUCUGUCUGCUAUGCUCUUGGAUUGUGAUGGAGGACUCCAAAUGAAAGGGGACAUUUUUGAUGGAGCAAGCUUUUCCCACUUGCCACCAACCAGUAGUGAUGGUCAGGGUAUUCCUCUCUCACCAGCAAGCAAAACUAUGGAGCUCUCACCUCGAACUCUGCUUAGUCCGUCCUCCAUUAAAGUGGAAGGAAUAGAAGACUUUGAAAGCCCCUCCAUAUCCUCAGUUAAUCUGAGUUUUGACCAAACCAAGUUGGACAAUGAUGACUGCUCUUCUGUCAACACUGCAAUCACAGACACUACAACAGGAGAUGAAGGCAAUGCAGACAACGAUAGUGCAACAGGGAUUGCAACUGAACUCAAAUCAACAUCAGGACCUAGUGAGGGCCUGACAAAGGCUGCCAUGAUAGCAAUGUCUGAGUAUGAAGAUCGAUUGUCUUCUGGCCUUGUCAGCCCAGCUCCCAGCUUUUAUAGUAAAGAGUAUGACAAUGAAGGUACUGUGGACUAUAGUGAAACCUCCAGCCUUGCAGACCCCUGCUCACCCAGCCCUGGUGCCAGUGGUUCAGCAGGCAAGUCUGGAGACAGUGGGGAUCGGCCAGGGCAGAAACGCUUUCGCACUCAGAUGACUAAUCUCCAGCUAAAAGUUCUAAAGUCAUGCUUUAACGACUACAGGACGCCUACCAUGCUGGAGUGUGAGGUCCUAGGUAAUGAUAUUGGACUGCCAAAGAGAGUUGUUCAGGUCUGGUUCCAGAAUGCUAGGGCAAAGGAGAAGAAGUCCAAGCUAAGCAUGGCCAAGCAUUUUGGUAUAAACCAAACAAGUUAUGAGGGACCCAAAACAGAGUGCACUUUGUGUGGCAUCAAGUACAGCGCUCGGCUGUCUGUACGUGACCAUAUCUUCUCUCAACAGCAUAUCUCCAAAGUUAAAGACACCAUUGGAAGCCAGUUGGAUAAGGAGAAGGAGUACUUUGACCCAGCUACUGUACGUCAGUUGAUGGCUCAGCAGGAGUUGGACCGGAUCAAAAAAGCCAAUGAGGUUCUUGGUCUGGCAGCUCAACAGCAGGGCAUGUUUGAUAAUACCCCUCUACAAGCUCUUAACCUUCCUACUGCGUACCCAGCACUACAGGGCAUCCCUCCAGUCUUGCUCCCAGGCCUCAACAGCCCAUCCUUGCCAGGCUUCACUCCAUCCAACACAGGUGGGUUCUGGAACCAUCAUCUCUCUGCUCAAAGGUGACCUUUUCCCUAGUAUU